AGAUGAGUUUUUGCGAUAAUCUGCAGAGGCAUGAUAAUUCAAAAUGGGGAAGGACUUCUGUUGGAACAUUGAAUUUGGAUGAAAUGAAUAAUGUUAAAGUGGAAUCACAAAAUGCUCCACGACUAAAUAUGAACCAUGGAUUUAUGAAAAGUAUUGUGAGAAAUCAAAUUGACAGGGAUGAAUAUGAUAAAUUGGCAUCAGAAAGAAGGGUCACAUCUUCGUAUCGCCAUCUAGAGAGGCCUAGGAAAACGUGUGAUCCACUGUAUAUACCUCCUCAUCUGCGUAACAUUACUGUGAAAAUUACGAAGAAUGAAGAAGAUUCUCACAUGAAGGAUGAGAAGGAAGAACUGCGUAAAGAAAUUAGACGACGUCUAAUAGAACAGAUGACAAAAGAAGAGCAUGAGAGAUUACAAAUGACUACAGAAACAGUGAUUCCGAGUCCGACUUUAAUGAAACAGAAUACAGACACAAGGAGACGUUCUGAUCUUGCUGCUAUUGUUGCAACACCUGCGCGAAAUGAACCGCUUUUCAAACUUAAUAUUCGUGGUCAGGAUGGUAAUCCAAUUGAGCAGAUUGUUCACGCAAAUGAUAACAGUGCACGUGUUGCCAAAGCUUUAACAAGACAACUUGAACUUACUGAUGAUCAGUGCCGUUUGCUACGAAAUCGAAUUGACGAAGAAUUGAAAAAACGUCUGGAAGUUUAAAAUAUCAGCCCUUAAUCAUGGCCGCACUGCAGUACCUCAGAAACCAGUGCUUUUUCAAAAUUCAGGAAUCUCUGAAUCAUUAUCACAGUAUCUGUAAUUUGUUCACUUGUUUUAAUGAUUUGGAUUUAAAAGCAAUUGUUUAGUAGUGACAUAGAUCUUGGACCUGUAUUCAUCUAAUUCAACUUCAUCUUGCACUAUGCAAACCAGUUUUCAAUGCAACGAAUUAUAUAAAUUUAGAUUUGAAGCAGCUUAGGUCAAUUUUGAAUCAGCCUGGCAAAAAUUGAUAAACUCGAAGUAUGGGAUUGCUGCGUACUUUUCCAAUUCUGGAUGUGGUAACGAAGUGUAAAUUGUAUAUUUAUGAGCAGGUUUUAUUGUAAUAUAACCACUUAAUGUGUGGCAUUUUAUGG